AAUUAGUCCGUCUACUCACAGCUACAACUGCACUAAAAGCACUACUAAACAAACGUGCCCUAAUCACUACUACUUGCUCCAAGCAAAACAGUCGCUGAAAAAUGCUCUUCGAAGUUCCCGUUGAUCAUUUUCCGGUGCAAUGUGUGGCCGCCACUGAACGACCACAUCGACCAAUUCUACACUUGCGUAUUCCGCAACUUUCAUUAAUUCAACGACAAGAGGUCUCUGCUGCUGUUGCUCCUAGCCCUUCAGUGCUCCGUUCACAAUUCAACUUUUGCCCCACAUUCCCGACGUUGAGCCGAACGGCAGUCGUUGAACAAGCCACUGAACAACCGAAGUCGUCAUAUUCCACAGUUCGACCGCAAUCACGUCGUCAACCAGUUGUCCACUCUUCUUCAUCUUCACGACGAACAUUCCAAACACCUUCAACACUACUACAAUUACCAAUGCGAUUACUCUCCAGGACAAUGCCCCUCCAAUUGGCGUAAUUUAUUUGGUACGUACCAAAUGUACAUAGUGUAGAUGCACUAGAUCAGUAGAUAGAUCAGUAGAUCAUACCUUAGUAGAGGAGUGAAACUGUAUAUGUGUUGAUAUGUUGACGCUUUUCAUGUUAUUCCCUUUAAUUACCCUUAAAGUUGUUCCUAAAGGGAAAUGCUUACUGUGUAUAUCUGUAUCUAUAUAUAAGCCCC